AUGGUUAACUCAUCAGAACACGGAUUAGCUCGCGUCAUCCAUCAUAAGGAUUACUAUUUGCGUGGCGGUGAUAUGACCGUAUUGGUCGAGAAUCAUCUUUACCGGAUACACAGUCAUUUUUUCGAGCGUGAAUCGCUGUUCUUCCGGCAGAAGUUCCAGUCAUCCGAAGGCGAGGAACGCGGCUCAUCGGACAACAAUGCUUUUACCUUGGACGUCAAGAGCGAAGACUUUGCACGUUUUCUCUGGGUCUUUUACAACCCGAAAUAUUCGCUCUAUGAGGCGCCUCUCGAGACGUGGCUGAGCAUCUUACAGCUUGCCAAUCGGUGGAGUUUCGGCAACGUCAAGGAGCUCACCGUGCGCGAACUCGAGAAGAUUCAGAUAGAACCCGUCGACAAGAUCGCAAUCUAUCACGAGUACACUAUCAACAAGCUCUUCCUCGUCCCAGCGUACAUCGCUGUCUGCAAGAGGGAUAAGCCUUUGACCUUUGCUGAGGGUAUGCAGCUUGGGAUGGAGACCGUUCUCCGUGUCGCAGAUGCUCGUGAGCGGGCUCGCCAGCGUGCUGCUGAGAGUGGAAUCCGCUCGCCUACAUUCGAUGACUUUGACGACAGUGAGAUGGAAACUAUGAUCAGGGAGGUUUUCGGAAUAGCAUCGCGACCAACGUCGCCGAUUCCGCAGACCAGUACUUCACCUAGCUACACCAACGGCUCGAACUACUCUGGUAGCACGAAGGUUAAUGGGUCGACGGCACCCAAAGCCAAUGGCAGCUCCUCAAUUCGUACCAACGGUUCAUCCAACUCUGACCCAGCUGCCCGUUCCUCCAUCGACACCACACGGACGGACACUACACGGACGUCGUUCGUCUCUGCCGUGGACACUUUUUUGUCUUCGCCAAGUGCUCCCGCUUCCUCGUCGCCAGCUGCUGAUCAGAAGCAAGCUGCCCCAUUGCCUGAGAAUAAGCCCACGCCGCCGGCCAAAGCGACACCCGAGCAGACGAGCUCUCCCUCCGCUGCAACCGCUGCAACCCCCACGGCCGAUGCAUCCAAGGGCUUGUGGAGCAAACCGAACGGAUCGGGUAAGCCUUCAUCGCUGGCGAGUCCCAUACUUAUCCUUUUCUGA